AUGUGCGAAGCGGUGCAAUUAUGCGCAAAGCUCACCUCAAAGACGCAAAAAUUGUUGGAGACUUCCGACCAAGUCUCGAAAUCGGACGAUAGUCCGGUGACGGUGGCAGAUUACGCCGCCCAAGCGGUGGUUUCGUACGUGUUGGAACAGAAAUAUCCAGACGUGGCUUUGUUAGCCGAGGAAGACGCGAAAGCGUUGAGAGGAGGAAGCAAAGAGGCGGAAGGACUUUUAGAAAAGAUUACGGAAAUCACCAAUGAUUGCGUGUUUGGUGACGAUGUGUCUGAGUACCUUUCCCGAGAGGAAGUAGCGCGAUUGAUUGAUCGCGGGAACCACGAAGGCGGGAGCGAAUCGACAUUUUUCGUCUUAGAUCCCAUCGACGGGACGAAAGGAUUUAUCAACCAGAGACAAUAUGCUAUCGCGCUCGGGUUGUGCGAGAAAGGGAAGGUUGUUGGAGGUGUUUUAGGGUGCCCGAAUAUGCCUAUGACAAAGAUACCGGAGGACGUGGACGCGUUGGAGACGGAGAAACCAGGAGUGAUCUUCGCGGCGUAUGAAAAUUUUGGGUGUAAGUACGCCGCGAUGGACGCGAAGGAACCGUUAGGAAAGGAUAGUUUUAUCGCGACGAGCGAUCAAUUUGUAAAGUUCGGGAAAGAUGGUGCGAGGUAUAUGGAAUCGUGGGGGGAUUCCAUUGUCGCUGAUCACGCGUUUACGAAUGCUUUGAGCGAGAAGGUUGGAAUCACCCGGAAAGCGCUCCGGAUUGAUUCACAGGCAAAAUACGGGAGUUUGAGCAGAGGAGACGCCCAUAUUUAUUUAAGAUUCCCGCCGAAAACGUACAGAGAGAAGGUAUGGGAUCAUGCAGCUGGUGCGAUUAUAGUAUCAGAGUCUGGUGGUGUCAUUUCCGACGCGGCUGGAGUACCGCUUGAAUUUGGAAAGGGGAGGUUUCUCGACAUCAACGGAGGGAUCGUCGCGAGCUCAACUCCAGAGUUGCACGAACAACUGCUGAAAGCGAUUGCAGAUUUGCGGUAA